CAAAGGCUUAAAGACAACAUGGCUCCCUUUAAGAAUCUAAAGUUGACUUUGGAAGCGCUCAACCAAGAGUGCACUUAUUCUGCAGGAGAUACUAUUCGAGGCACUCUUUCUUUCUAUCUGAACAGUGAGACCACAGUGAAGAGCAUUUCAGUGAAGGCUAAAGGGGACGCAAUGGUGAAGUGGACAAAAAAAUCUGGAAAUAGUACAACGUACUACAAGGGGCACGUGAGGUAUUUAAAAAUCAAAGAGUACUUGGUUGCAAAAGAUACUGGAGGCACUGUGCUUCGCCAAGGGCCUCAUAAUUUCAAGUUCUCACUCAAAAUUCCUCCGGGGGGAAUGCCAUCGUCCUUCCAUGCGGAACAUGGAAAAAUUGUGUACAUGGUUGAAGCAAAAAUUUCCAGAAGUUGGCGGUGUCCUUCGUGUGUGAAAACAGAGAUCAAUUUUCUUUCAAAGUGGUUUCCACCAAUUCAUCAAGCCAUGCAUCCAUUAUCUGGUUCAGUGGAUAAAGAGGUGGGGAUUUUCUCCAGCGGACAGCUCCACAUGACUGCUUCACUUAACCGAGGAGUUUGCUUCCCAGGUGACACAUUGUCUGCCUCUGCCAGAAUCCGCAACUCUUCUUCGAAAUCUGUGAAGCCCAAAUUCAGUUUGCACCAGAAGAUUGUGUACAGCGUCAAACACUACACCAAGACCAGUGACCAAGUCAUACUCAAAAUGGUUGGAGACCCAAUCACACCAAGAUCAGAGGUGAUGGUUCCCUGUGAAGUGAAGAUUCCUCUUCAUGCUGUCUACACUCUCCGUAACUGUCAAAUCAUCUCAGUUGAACAUUACCUCAAGGUGUAUCUGGACGUCAGGUUUGCUUUCGAUCCAGAGGUGGUGUUUCCGCUCCUCAUUGUUCCGUCAAACCAUGUCCAUGCUCAGCUCAGUCCCAGACAGCAUGUCCAUAAUCUCCUCAUUGAUGCUGCUGUGAAUUGGAGCCCACGUGCCUAUGUGGCGGCCAUCUUGCAGGGGUUGACCUCGCUUCCACAGCACAUUGAGGAAUGAUAUGUUUCACCAUAAUUGUGAUUAUAAAUUGAUCACUUUUUAAAUUCUAUUCCAGUUGAUGAUGAACAUCAGACAUGGAGGACAGACAGACAUAAACAGAAUGAAAUGAACUCAUAAACUGUUCAGGCUGAUUGAGUUUUUUUAUUGAAAGAAUUAGUUUAAGGAUUUAUAUUGUACUUGAUUGUUAUUGAUAUUAAGAUUGUAUGAUUCUGAUUAUCAUUAUUUUUAUAUUGCAUUGUUAUCUCUAUUAUUAUCACGAUUAAUUAAUAUUGCUAUUUUUUUUAAUUCUGUAAUCACUAUUAUGAUUAUUAUUGCUAUUAUUUUCUUUUAAUCAUCACAAUAUUGCUAUUUCCAUAUUAAUAUAUUUGCUUUUGAUUCAUACUGAGUUUCAACGUGAUAAAUACCAUAAACAGGAAAGCCUCAGACACGACAUCUGUCUCAUUAAAAGCUUCUGCAUAUCUACAAACUACUAUUAAUAUAAAAUACUCGUUUAUUGAUGGGUUUUUUUUUUCUCGCAAUGGUGCAGUCACGUGUUGAAUAAUGUAAAGUGAGCUGCAUUUUCUGUGAAGAAACUGGA